GAAAACCCUGCCAGUGCAUCACAGCUAGGGUCGCAAUCAUGCCUGCCUCAAAGGGAUCCCGUUCUUCCUCCAAGAAGGCGAAGAAGGGAGGAAGCAAUGUCUUCGAUAUGUUCACCCAGAAGCAGGUGGCGGAGUUCAAGGAGGGCUUCCAGGUGAUGGACCGAGAUCGUGACGGCAUCAUUAGCAAGGAUGAUCUCCGUGGUGUUUACGACGAAAUUGGCCGUAUCGUCACUGACAAGGAACUCGAUGACAUGCUGGCUGAUGCUCCUGGCCCAAUCAACUUCACCACCCUUCUACACAUGUUCGCCUCUCGCUCCUCCGGAGAGUCCGACGACGAUGAUGUUGUUGCCAAGUCUUUCCGUGCCUUCGAGAAGGAAGCUGGUCAGAUCGACUCUGAGCAGUUCCGCGCCAUGCUUAUGGCUUUCGGUGAUAAGUUCACCAACGACGAAGUCGACGAAGCCUUUGAGCAGAUGGAAAUCGAUGAAGACACCGGCAUCAUUGACUCCAAUGCUCUCGUCGCCAUGCUGUGCGCCGGUGGUAGUGACAAGGAGGGCGAAGCCUAAACACACACAUUCUCAUCCUAGUGUCCAUGCCCGAAGGAAAUGUGGGUGAGCAGUAGCGGAAGCCUAUACCUGCAGGGAUUGCUACCUGUAGCUGUGACACUCAGGCACUUCAUGCUUAUCCACUGGCCACUGCUGCUGCUAUUUUCCCGCCUCAUCAUUUAUCGCCUUUGUUUCUUCCAUACAUCACCAACACCCAUAUUUCUUACGGGCGAAGUCACAUGCAGGAUAGACACUUGAAGGUGGUCCCUUAGUCCUGCCUCUUCUGUGAUCCUGUAAUAUCUCCAUCUACAACAGAGCCUACAAGCGGCGGCUUUCACCAGGCCUCAAGAUCGGCAUCCGCGAGCCUGCAGUGUCUCUUGCAAAGAAAAUGCCAAUUCGGGAGCGGGAACAAUAAAAGUGAUAGUGAAUUUGUGAACAUUGCCGCCGUGAUCUACAUCCAGAAGGCCUACCGCUCCCUUGCUAACGUUACAUCAGAACAGUGAUACAAUGAGACAUCUGUGACUAAAAGUGAAGAAUGAGGCCUUAGUGUGAGACCGUGUGAGGGAGCUCAGUGUCAUCUACCUUGCUUCAGCCUGUGUGGUAACGACUUUUACGUGCUGGUGAAGUUACCAUCGUAUUCCCGACGCAGUAGUUGUCCCUGCAGUUGCUGAAGAGCUGGGUGUACUGCAGCUCUAGCACUUGCAAAUGUUUCAUUUGUGAAGCAUUGUAUUGACAUCUACAAGAUAUAUUCAAUAAAAUGUUUUACAAUU